AUGAAGGCAACACAACAUUUCCAACACCUGAUUCAGAUGUAUGCAUGGUCUUUGAAGGAAGGCGAACUGAACCAUUUGAUUCGGCAAGGACACGAGUUCUCUCAAUCUUCUGAGUUUCCGGCUUCACUUAAGUCCACCAAAGAGACUAUUGAACUCGCGGUCAUGGUCUUGCUUGAUCUUUACCCCGAAGGCGAGUUCUUGCUACCUCAUCUGAUUUUUGGGCAAGCUGUUGUAUCUCAAACUCAGAACCGUCAAAUGGCCAUUUUGGACGCAAAUUUUGCAGCAGUAAAUACCGAUAUCGAUGAAGGGCAGACAACUAUACGAGGAGGAUUCAAAAAGAGCUUCAACGAGUAUUUUGACGAUGAUACAGCAUGGGAAGAGCCAGAGCUGGAGUUUACGAGUCCAAGUGAGAACGAAGAAGACGAAGACGAACUAGGAGAAAGCGUGCACAGCCAAUCCGAAGCUGAGGACUGGAGCAGAGCCUCUAGAAUUGACACCUCGAAAGUUUACGACAACACAUAUGCAUCGACCAUCUCAAGUCAAGGGCUCACCAUGAAGCUCAUUGCUGAUGCAAUAUUUUCGUUGCCAGUUGAGGAAUUGAUGACAAUCUUGGAUUUGAUGUGGCGUCGUCUUUGCAGCGAAGAAACCCCCAACGAGUUCUUUCCUCAUCGGGAAGCUAUGUUCUUCUUGCUUCAGAAUGCUAAUAUCAUAUUGAAACAAGGCAUCACAGACGAAGAGGCGCGUCAAAGCAAUGCAGAAACAUGAUUCAGAGUUCGAUGCUGACCCCACUCAAAUCAUCGCUCAGGGUGGAACUGCCAUGAAAGUAGAACAAUUUCUGGGCUAUCUUGAGAGAUACGGAUAGGCACAGAUUCUACAUGGGACCUUCAGAGAUAAUGGCAACUUUUCGCGAUACGUGUCAGAUUGCUCAAAGAAAAACUCAAAGAGGUGAACAAUUUUUCGAAACCCUUG